GCGGGCAAGAUAGAGUGAGCGAGGAAAAAAAAAAAGGCAGACGAGGUAGAAAAGAAGCCGGGGCCUACUCUCUGGCGGACCCUGCAAAACUUUAGGAGGCUGUCAAACGGCGGCUUUUGCCCUCCUCGGCCCGCGCCGCCAGAUCGCCGCAUUUUAUGGAGGAGCGACGUAUCGGAUGUCUUAUUCACUGGCAGUGUCCACGGUAAACAUCUGAAUCUUAUCAUAGUCCACCUCGACGUCCAACAUGUCUCAGCUGCUCCAUGUAGAGAUCCCUAAUUUUGGAGCCACAGUGCUAGGCUCCCUCAACGAACAACGCCUGCUGGGACACUACUGUGAUGUAUCCAUCCUGGUCAAAGGCCAGGCCUUUAAAGCUCACCGGGCAGUCUUAGCUGCUAGCAGCCUCUACUUCCGUGACCUCUUUAGCAGCUCCACCAAGACCCAGUUCGAGCUUCCCUCUUCAGUCACACCGGCCUGCUUUGAGCAGAUACUCACCUUCUGCUAUACAGGGAAGCUAACCAUGGCUGCUAGCGAACAGUUAGUCGUGAUGUACACAGCCGGCUACCUCCAGAUUCAGCACAUAGUAGAGAGAGGCAUGGACCUGAUGUUUAAGGCUAACUCACCCCACUGUGACUCACAGACAGCAGGGUCCUUGGAAGAGACGGGAUCUGAGCCACAGAGCCCUAGUAAUAAUGGAAAUAGCCUCGCUGCAGCUGCCCUUUUGGGUACCCCAGGCUGGUCACCAUCACUUGUCAUGCCACAACGUAAGAUCAAGCUAGAGGGGAAUGAACCAACUCCCUUGGCAAUACCAACGGGCACUCAAAACAGGACCUCAUCUACAGAUGUGGGGAAUCGGUUGGCCAGGGCCAGUUCACUAUUCUACACGACGGCUGGAGGGACCACUAUCUUCCCUGGGGUGCCCCCUUACCAUCUUCCAGGGACUGGUGGUGGAGGAGCAGGGGCAGAGAGGUCCAGUCCUGGAGCCUCCAGUCUUCCCACCACUGACAGCCCGACGUCCUAUCAGAAUGAGGAUGAAGAUUUUGAGGAGGAGCCCUAUGAUGGGAUCACAGAGGAGGCCUACAGUCAUCUUUACGGACGCUCAGCAAACCCUUAUGGGAUCCAGGACAAGUCCGAGAUGGCGGCGGUGCCCUUGGCCCUUGAGAGCCGCAACUGUGUCCUGAUUCGCCGAGACCUCGUGGCGUUGCCCGCCAGCCUCAUUAGCCAGAUUGGAUACCGCUGCCACCCUAAACUCUACACCGAAGGAGACCCCGGGGAGAAGCUGGAGCUGGUGGCUGGUACUCAGGUGUUUAUGACCCGAGGCCAGCUGAUGAAUUGCCACCUAUGUGCCGGCAUCAAGCACAAAGUGUUGCUGCGUCGUCUCUUGGCCACGUUCUUUGACAGAAACACCUUAGCCAAUAGCUGUGGGACAGGUAUCCGCUCCUCUACCAGUGACCCCAGUCGGAAGCCCCUGGACAGCAGGGUCCUCAAUGCUGUUAAACUCUACUGUCAGAACUUCAACCCUAACUUCAAGGAGAGUGAAAUGAACGUCAUCGCUGCAGACAUGUGCACAAAUGCAAGGCGUGUCCGCAAGCGUUGGUUGCCCAAGAUCAAAUCCAUGCUGCCCGAUGGCAUGGAGGUAUACCGUACAGGCAUGGGUGUAGGCACUGCAAUGGGUCUGGGCGUAGCUCUGGGUGCUCCUCAACCAGGAGUAGCGCUCCCCUUUGAUCCUGACUUGAAGUCGCUUGAGCAAAGGUUAUAUCCAGACCGCAAGGACUCACUCAGGACUCACACCCUGCUAAGCGAGGGCAGCCCGGGUCCCGGGUUGGCUGGAGGAGAGGGUGUAGAAGGUGAGAGUGCAGCCCAAGAGGAGGAAGAGGAAGAUGAGGCAGGGUUAGCGGGUGUGGAUGCAUCACAGGGGGCACCGACUCUGAUCCCUGGAGUUGAGGCAGGUGGACGUAGUGACACACCCACUCCACAGGAGGGGGAUAGUUUUGGAGAAGGUCUGAAGGUGAAUGGACAGUGAAUGGACAUUGAAUGUCCAUUAAGGCUGUCUCUCAUUUUGUUAAAUCUGUUGAACACCACAGUUUCUUUUGCUUGCUCUCUCACUCUAUCUCUCCUGUACCUCUCAUUCUGCUCCCCGGCUUCCUCAAAGGGAACUUACCAGAACAAAAAAAAGUUGUGUUUGAUGAAUUUUCAAUGCAACAUUUUAUCAUACAUGAAUGUGUGCAAAUAAGUGAAAACGCAUACGUUUUUACACAAACAACACAUACUUUUUUCCAGUAGAACUGAAUGGACACAGGCAUGGCAUUCCUUUCUUACAUUUUACUUUUAUCUCCGCUCCCCCAGAGAUAUCACAAUUUGAGUUCAUAACAUAUUAUCAGUCAUUGUUCCAGUCCAGGACAAAAGCAACAGUUCCGCAAACUUUGUUAGUGGUACAGAUAGUGGUUUGUUAAAUUACAUUUCUAUGUCUUAGAAGGCUGCCCCAGAAGAUCGCCCAGUUAACUGUAGGCGGAAAACAGAUUGGUCUGUACCAAAGACUGGUAAUACAGUAGCACUCAUUAGUAGCUUAUUUGGCACAUUGUUUGCUCAUGGCGGCACGGUGGCGCAGUGGUUAGCAUGGUCGCCUGACAGCAAGAAGGUCCUAGGUUCGAACCCUGGGGUAGUCCAACCUUUGGGGUCGUCCCAGGUUGUCCUCGGUGUGGAGUUGGCAUGUUCUCCCUGUGUCUGCGUGGGUUUCCUCCGGGUGCGCCGGUUUCCUCCCACAGUCCAAAGACAUGUAGGUCAGUUGAAUUGGCCAUACUAAAUUGUCCCUAGGUGUGAGUGUGUGUGUGUGUGUGUGUGUGUGUGUGUGUGUGUGUGUGUGUGUGUGUGUGUGUGUGUGUGUGUGUGUGUGUGUGCACGCAUGUGUGUUGGCCCUGUGAUGGCCUGGCGGCCUGUCCAGGGUGUCUCCCCGCCUGCCGCCCAGUGCCUGCUGAGAUAGGCUCCAGCAUCCCUGUGGCCCUGAGAGCAGGAUAAACGGUUUGGAUAAUGGAUGGAUGGAUGUUUGCUUAUUUUAAUGCAAAUCAUUGUAUAAAGUCACAUUUUUUCUGUGAUAAAAUGUUUUAAGUUUAAACUCCAGGUUUUCACUUUCCGGCUUUGUGAAAACUGUCUACGUAUUUGAAAGUCAAUAGAAAAAUAGAACCAGUACAGGUUUGAGUUAAGCUGGAGUUGUUGAAGUCAGGGUUUAAGUAAGGUCUAGGCAUAUAAUCAGCUUUUUAGUGCUGCUGCUGUAGCGCAUAGCAAGUGAUAGCUCCAACCCUGCUCUUAUAACAAAUUAAGGCAAUUGUGGAAAAUCAUAUAUAUUUGUAAGUGGCACCAUCAUUUUUUGUAGGUUUGUAAUGCAUAAGUUGAAUCUCAGAGAAAGUUAUGGCACACUACUUCUUGUGAAACAGAACAAACUACCAAAUUAGUUGAACAUUUUUAUGUUCUGUUUAA